GAUAUAUGCACUUAUACAAAUACUGAGUUAUUUGACACAAGAACAUGUUCAAGUUAUUCAAGUAUAGAUAAUUUAAAAGUGAUUAAAAGCGAAGCAAGGCUUUUAAAGUAUGAAAUUAAAAUUAAAAUACUGACAGAUGAAAAUAACGACAAGGAAUCAAAUAUUGAUGAAAAUAACGACAAGGAAUCAAAUAUUGAUGAAAAUAACAACAAGAAAUCAAAUAUUGAUGAAAAUAGUGACAAGAAAUCAAAUAUUGAUGAAAAUAACAACAAGGAAUCAAAUAUUGAUGAAAAUAAUACAAGGAAUCAAAUAUUGAUGAAUUAA